AUGGCACAGAAACCCGAAGGCUCAGUGCCUCGAAAGCCCCGUCGACUUUUCUCCUUCGACUCUCACAAGUCCUCUCCAUCAGCCCAACGCUCUGCAUCUGAAUCUUCUUUUACGUCGGCCUCGAGCAGCUCAAGCUUGAACCACUUCCGUAUACCGUCGCAGCCAACUUUGCUCGAGAAUGUCGAUGAGGAACCACUUGUGUCUCCCAGAGCGCCUUUUUUUGGUCGUAGUCAUAGUCCAGGGCCCAAUUCCGAGAAAACGAAACGAAGGCCACAACCACUUGCAGUGGACCGGUCAUUGGCUCAGGGAAUAGAUGGCGCCCCACGUUCCCCCUCCCUGAUACGUUGGCAGACAAUCAGGCAGCACGUUCUUCCCGUGGAACAACAACCUCUUUCAGCCUCGUCCUCUUCCUCCUCUCUCGUUACCCCCUCUCGAUCUCAACCACCAAAACCUUCCAGAUUUGGUCCACAUCGAGCCUUUCGUCAAGUAGUGGAACAGGCCCGGGAGUUUGUACAAGAUGAUACCAGGAGAUUGGAUCAAGAGCUUCAGCGUGCUUGUCUCGCUGCGCGAACCACUGAGGCCGUGAAGACCAACCGGGCAGACCAGUAUCUCCCAUUUAUGUCAGCAACGCAUUUACCUGGGCAAGAUACCCCCCAACGUCCGGGUAUGCGGCGACCACCCUCUGUCCAAUCAUUAGCGCUCUCUUCUCGAGGGCAACAGCCCAUUCCAUCCCUGAAUUCACUCUACCAAACCCUUCUUCAUAACUGUCGACAAUCUCCUGAUGCGGCUCUGUCUGUUCCCAUUCUCCCAAGCGAACCGCAUGUGCUUGCAACACUCCUUUCGCCAUUCUUGACCGUCGAUACGACAGCAAGGGUUGAACAGGAAAGGCGAUAUGCCUUCGAGUCCUUUGACAUCAUCAUCAAAACGUGGAAACCUCCGAAUGAGACCGUUGCAAUAGAACGCUGCAAGUGGAUUUGUAAGGCUGCAUUGAUCCCUCACUCGACGGUUCGCGUCAGACUCCUGCAUACUCUUCGGGCUGUGCUCAGCGAUCCCGAAUGUCCAUACCAGGCGACCCAUACAGCUUCUGUUCAAGCGCUUGGAUCUGCACUGUUUACACUCCUUCCAACGGUUCAAGGCUCUGGCGAAGAACAUAAUAUCGUCGUUGAAGCAGUCGUUCAUCUUUUUGCAGGUGAUUACGGCGUUCUCGACCUUUCAACCGUUGAAGAGCAAUUUGGCAUUCGUUGCGCCCCGUCCGAAACGCGACAAGAGUCCCUACGGCAUGCUUUAAUUCUCGAUGCCCUUGCUCGCACCCUCGAAAACAGUGCUGACAGUGUUCGUCGAUGGUUACUGAAGCACGUGGUCGACGAGUAUUGGCCUCGACAGCCCGACAACGUUCUGUUUACACCAUUACUUGGCGCGAUUCAAGCUCGCAAACUCGCGACUUUCACUCGAAUGGGUCUCAGUGGGUUGCGUUCACGACCUUCAGCGACAUCAUAUCAAGGGUCUACCACUGUGAUCGCCGAAUAUGUGGUUCAUUUUGUGCAAACACGCGUGGUUCCAGAGCUUGCUGCUAUUCCAAGCGACAGUGUCACUGUUGCGAAAAGGACAGGUACAACGGAUAGCACGGUGCCGACCUCCCGUUUGCUACCGGGUGACAAUAUCUCCGCCGUCGACGAAACUCGCAGAAAUGUCGUUGCUAUUGGUUUGGAACUGCUUCAUCCUGGAGCCGGUGCUAGGGAACUCGGGUUGUGGGCAAUGACUGUUUUGUCUGAAUGGUACCGCGACACUGACGGCAAACGCACAAAUUGGAAAACUAGUAUCGAUGAAGCCGUUCAACGAGUGAUUUCAGAAGGCCAGUGGCCGGUAAUCCUCAGUGUGCUCUCUGCCCUCCUCGAUGGUCUCCCGGAAGAUGUCCGCAAGCCUCUAAUUGUUGUUCUUCUACCAACUCUGACUCAGCGUCUGACAUAUGACCCGCCCCCACAUCCUUCCUUACCACUUACUGCGCUUCUAACGAAACUCGCUGAACUCUACCCUCCUAUCUUCUAUAGACCACUUUUCCUUUGCGCGGCGGCGACAAGCGAAAUUUCCGUCGCAGAGCAUCUCGUUGGAAUCUGUGCUCUCGCUCGAUUUGUGCCAGACUAUUGGACAAAGGAUGCCGAAAUGAUAGGUGUCGCGCUGGUUGGCGGCGGAGGCAGCAAGACCAAAAAUCCAAGUGGGGACACAGGCAAGAUUGCUUGGGGAACAGCCCGUCUGGGACAAUCAGUAUUGCUGGUGGAAGUGAUAGGCCGAAUACAAGCUGUUCGACGAGCAGCUUCCUUGUCCCAACAACUUGAUAUCAUCCGCUUUGCUCUAGCGUUAGAGACCCGUGUCGGGAUAUUGCUGGAGGUCAAAGAGCGAGCGAGCCUCAUUACACUUUCACAGCGAAUGUUGUUCAUGAUGCUAUUCAGGGAACUCAGACUAUUGACCAAGUCGCUAAAAACAGCAUCUUGGCUACCCCGACUGGUCUCAUGGUUCACUGAUUUCCACCAAGAAAGCCAUCUCAAUGACGACUCCGACUUGGAAUUUAUCACUGCGACCAAUGACAUCCAGCAAACGUAUACAACGGCGAGGAAUAUUGCUGCUACUCCGAGAGGUAGAAAUCGAGCGACCAUUGUCAUGUCCGCUUCAUACGACGGGACAUUCAACACAAACCCCGCGAUGACAGACAGCAAGAUUGGGCUACCGAGCGCAAUUCUAGAGCGAGCAGCUCUUGUGUCUGGUCUCAACAAGGGAUUCCCGCAUAAAGCACUCAAACUUUUUGUCACAAUGGCGACUAUUUUGACAGUGGACGAUUUAUUAUCGCUGGGUCCGUUGAUUUGGGAGCAUCAUUUGCGAAGUGGUGAGAUCAGUGUUGUCGGAUCGGCAAGUUCCUCAAGCUUGCGACCACAUCUCGAAACUGAUCUGUUUCUGGUUAAAGGCGUGCUUUAUCGUCAUGCAAUGUGCCGAACGGACUCCUCACGAAAUGAUGGUACAACUGGAAGUGGAUUUUCGCAGGUAUGUGUUCCCGUUUGUUCGGACGACACCACUCGACUGGAAGCAGUCCGAAAGAUUAACACGCUUGUGAAUUGGCGCUUCCAAAUCAUGUCCCAACAGGUGUUGAUAGACCGGAACCACCGCGCUUUCAAAUUUACUCGAGGGCCGCUUGCUUUCGUUGCCACGGAUAUGGGCACAGGACAAUUUAUACGCGAACAAGAUACUAGCAACGACAAAGAUGCGAUUCCACCUGAGUUGCGGAAACGACUGGUAGAAAUUGGCUGGGCCGACGAUGACGAGGAAGUCGAUCAGCACUUGGAGUGGGUCAAAACACCAAUAUCAAAUCUUCCUGCACUCUAUUUGGAUCGAUUAGAACUUCCUGGGGCGGAUCAGAAUGCGCCUAUCGCGGGGUCCGGUGGCUCAACACCCAGUCCAGCUCCAAGUCCUCGAGCAUCGCCUUCACCCUCAGCCGACAAAUUCGCGGAAGAAGUUGCCCUUCUUCGAAGGAACUCGAGUUCUGGUGGUCCGAUUUACGGGGGCAAGCGGCGUGCUAUCUUUGUCCCUUCCCUUGCUGCUAUAUUCCCAACUUUGGCGAACAAGGUUUUUGACCCAAAUUUCCUGAUUGCAGCAACGGCGCGAGGGACGGUUAUUGACUUGAUGCGAAAUGAUCCUGCGCUCCUUACGCGGCCUGUUUUCGAAUUGUUUGCUGGAGCCCAGAAAGACAUGACGACGGCGAUCUCCAGCUUGAGAGCCUUCUUACACAUACGAAGGACACUUCCUCCGCCCUUAACGCACAAUCUACUCAACAGUAUCGCUGGCUUUCUCAAAGGGCAUCUCAAAGUAAUCGGAGGCGGAGAUGAUUUGUUGUAUGAUUUCGCCCUUGUGAUGCCGAUUCUCGCCAAACUUGUGACACAAGUGAGCGGAAUGUCUAUGAGGGAGAUUCGGCGCGCGAAAAUCGAGGCGUUCCUUAUACCAUCCGGCUCGCUGUGGUUUCCUUCAUCAGCUCCUGCGGGACCGAUGUUUCCUCGACAACUUGGAGCUGUUGCGCUCAGCGACGAAAUUCCCCAUCAUCUGGUGCAUGUAUCGAUGAUAAGGCUUUCACAGAACAUGCUUUUCCUGUCAAUUCUGAAGCGCAACCCUCAAGAUGUCCAGAUGAUCAGGAAGAGCAUGACUCGUCUCGUUCUUCCUUCGCUCGAUCACCUCCCUGAUGCUCCAACAGUCGAAUUGAAGGACUUGGUUCCAGUCCCUGGCGAGCAAGCAGUUGUGUUGUCGUACUUGCAACUGCGCGUUCAAAGCUUGUCCAUGAUAGUCUCUCGAAGCUAUCUACUCUUGAUUGCCCAAAUCUUUAGGUCCAUGUCCCGUCACCUGAGUGAUCGUAGCGAGUUGGGUGUCCUCGUCGAUGGAGUCAGUCGCAUACUCCUAGCUCAUGGGUCCGAUAUUGGCAUCGUUGCCCAUUCUUUAAUAGCUUUGAUGGUGGCUAGUACACGCUUCAGACGUUUAUUUACUUCCGGAGGGGGUUAUACUCUGUUUGUGCCAGUUCUAAUCAAGGUCUACACGGAAGCCGAAGGGCAUGCUGGUAUACGACUUGCUAUCGAAUAUGCCUUCAACCGAUUUUACGCCCUUCAUCGAGAGGCGUUCAUUUUCCAAAGCAUCGAUUCAAUGGCAGCUGUGAUGGCUCUCCCAAACCUAAAGGGAGAUUGGGUGGCGAAAAAUAUUUAUACUCUUCUGGCUACGCUUACUCGACCAAUUCCUCUGAAUGCGCCCGAUCAUGCCGCUAUCAGGGGAGUAAACAAGAUACAGGAGCGGGAAGCGUUACUGUUCAGUACCGCCGACGAAAAGCCACAAACAUUUUUGGCAUCGAUGCAAAAAAAUGGAGAUGAACGGACGAAGGUGCUCGUCAACAUACCGGAAGAAUACGAGUCCAAACGCCUUGGAAUCGACAAUAUCGUUCGCCUCUUCUUCACGGUCAUCGCACACGAUCCCGCAGUCUUGCGAGCGGAACAGUUUCUGCGUUUCCUUCGCCAUUUAACCCCCUAUCUUUACAAUGCUUCUUCAUCAGCGCGUACUCUUUUGAAAGAAGGGAUUGAGGCACUAGGAGUCAUAACCAUGAGACCAUUCGUCAAGUCCAAAGGCAACGACCCAUCUCUUCGUGUUCCUGAAGAACCUUCGAUGGACUCUAUGAUUUCCGGCGUACCGGAGGCGACCCAACCGAGCAAGACUAAGCUUUCCAGUGACAUCCUUGCCAUGAGACUUGACUACUUGUCGCUCAUCCUCAAUUUCACCAAAGCAGGCGGGCUUAUCUCCCCUCCUGCUUCCCAUCGAGCCUUGGACCUAAUCAAACACAUGUUUCGUGACCACGACAACGAAGUUCGCGAACCCAUCUCGUCCUUUCUAGCGGAGUAUACCAAGAACUGUCUUAUCAGAGAGAGUGCCAACGCUCGGACAGUUAAAUCUGUCGUUGCAUUUCUUGGCGAUCUUUCCUCAUUGCUCAGCUCCUUCGCGCUGUCGCUCGACUUUUCUGGAGUCUUUUCGACUCUAACCCAGCUAUGUGGCGAUCCAACCUAUGCAAACGAACCGACGUUUUCAAAUGUCCUCGUCAAUCAAAUUUGCUCGUUUGCACUGAACGCUUGCGAACAGGCUGCUGCUGAGAAGCAACUCCUCUCACUCCCUUCACGUUACCCUCUCGUUCUCCUGAUAUGCCAGGCAAUAACCUUGAACGGAGCUGAUGUUAUUGCGGAAGUCAUUCGUCGGAGGCCAUCGUACGAGUUCAUGAGCGGAAUCAUCCUCCCCAUCUGUCUGCACAUGAAAACCGGGGAGCAGGUUAUGGCAAGUGCAGUCAGGACUGAACCGUGGCAUUUGGAGGCGCACCGUAACACCUGGAUUCGAUUACUUGGCUACACAAUGACUGCUUGCCAACAGCCGAUGGAGGCUAACCCGCGAACAAGGUCGAAAUCACCCGAUCGGCGUCUUUCCUCUGGGAACAAGUCUCCAAUGACCAUAUUCGUUGUAGGCUUACAAGUCAUCAAGGUCGUUAUUGUUCGAGCCCGCGAGGAUCUCGACAUGUCUUUUCCCGGAAUAUGGACUCGUGUUGCUCUGUUUCUCAAGAUGGUCCUCGCAGAAGGCAGUGGUACAUUUGCACUGCGUCCGACUCGCGAAUAUUCGCCAAAUGCAUCUCCCAUUAGUUCUCCCCGGAGCAGCUCACAAUUCGACCUCGGUCAGCCUUUUCACAAGUCAAAUUUCAACUCUAGCCGACCCUUGCCCAGCCCAAGAAUUGUUGAUUAUGUAUUAUGGUCAUUUCUUGAGAUGCUGGUCGCAUUCCGGACCCCACUCCUUCUUCAUAUGCGGUUAUUUGCCCAGGAAAAGGUUUCCUCGUUGUCCCAAGAAAUCCAUCAGUACAACACAACAACGAGCCCAUCGCCGUCUCGACCCGUAUCUACCGCCUUUUCCAAACCACGAAGAAGGAGUAUGAUGCCAUCUCCUGAAGCCUCUCCCGGCCUGAGUCCCACCCAAAGUUUUGUCAAUAUACCGCAUCCUUCCAUGCUUUCUCUCGAUACCAGUUUUAGUCGCCAAGCUGGUUUUUAUCAGCCCUCGUCGCCUCGUGACAUCCAGGGUGCUGGCCCAAUCGUUCAUCUGGGCCCAACGACAUCAUCUGGGUUAUUUGCUCCCUCCAGCAGCGGUGGCCGUAUUCGCGCGAUGGUCAAGUCUACCAGAGUACGGUCACUGGUCUUGGUUCAUGCAACCUAUCGACGUAUAAGACUUGUGCAAAAGACACUCGGGUACGACAACGACCUUUUGCCGGCGGCUCAAAUGCUUGUAGAAGAUAGCAUGCCCACUUGGACCGCUGCUCAAGCGAUGGAAUGUCUGGCACGAGAAACACAAGAGAUCAUGGAAGAAUUCGAGGAGGCAUUCUGGAGCGCUGGAGACGAUAUGGUUGUCGUGGACCCAGACCAAAGCAUGAACUUUAGCCUUUCUUUUGACGACUAA